UGAAGCUAGAAGUUGCAGCAGUGGAGCAUCUCGCAGCAGCAGCAGCAGUGUUUAGGUGUUUAGUGUUUAGUGUUUACAGGUCAUCAGAGUAACAGAGAGCUGCAGUCUUCCCGCCACAGAUGGAGUCCGCAGACCUGCAGCAGCUGGACGGCAGCGUGAUGGAAGGAGGCGGGCAGAUCCUCAGAGUGUCCGCGGCGCUCAGCUGCAUCACCGGGACCGCCGUUAAAAUCACCAAGAUCCGCGCCGGAAGGAGCACACCGGGACUCAGACCGCAGCACCUGUCUGGUCUCCAGCUGGUCUCAGAUCUGUGCUCAGGGAGUCUUCAGGGAGCAGCGCUGGGAUCGACUGACAUCAGUCUGACUCCUGGAAAGAUUCACAGCGGGAACCACACAGCUGAUACAGAGACCGCCGGUAGUGUGUGUCUCCUCCUGCAGGUCUCUCUCCCCUGCGCUUUGUUCGCUGACGCUUCGUCACAGUUUUGUCUGAAAGGAGGAACGAACGCAGAGAUGGCUCCUCAGAUCGACUACACAAUAAAGGUCUUCAAACCGAUCCUGGAGAAGUUCGGUGUUCACUUUGACUGUGACCUAAAAAUGAGGUGUCUCAUCAUCUUCAUGGCGCUGGCGAAGGGAACGUCUCGGAUUCGGACCGGCCCCGUGACGCUGCACACACAGACGGCGAUCCACAUGGCCGAACAGCUGACUCAGGCAAAGUUCACGAUCACAAAGUGUGAAGACGAGCUGAGCAGCAACGACACCUACGUCAUCGAGUGUGAAGGAUCAGGAGCCUCCAACCCCAACCUGUAGCCACACACACACACACACACACACACA